UAAGUCUAAAUAGCAUAUAGCACACAUAAAUUGAAUUCAAUUAAACGUGAAUAAUUCUGAUGAACUAUUAUUAUUAUGAUUAUGAUUAUGAUGAUUAUUAUCGACUAUAUAGAUUAUGUAACCUUUAUACGCACUAAAGUGUUGUAUUUUUGAUCAAGGUCAUUUCAUUCAUUAUGUAUAUAUAGUUAGAUUAAAACAAAAUUAAAAAUUUGAGAUUAGUACAUUGAACUUAUAAGAAUGAUAAGUCAUCAAACUGGACCAAGUAUUACAUAUCCUGAUCGUAUUAGUGCUGAAAAUGAUGCAGAACAAUUACAUAAUGCAUGUAAAUUAUUAUCUACAGAUGAAGAAACCAUCACUAAAAUUUUAGGACAUAGAAAUUUACAACAACGUCAUCAAAUCAGAGAAACAUUUCAUAGAAGAUAUAAAAAGGAUUUAAUUCAUGUAUUAUGUAAUGCAACAAAAGGUGAUUAUGAAAGUCUUAUUAAAACAUUAUUUCGUGGAAGUAUACAAAUAUUAGCCCAUGAUUUAUAUAAAGGUAUAAAGAAACCAGAUAUUAUUAAUGAGAUUAUAUGUUGUUGUAAUAAUAAUGAAAUUAUUAUGUUAAAAAAAGCAUAUCAAGAAGUGCUUCAUGAAGAAGAGCCAAAAAAAGCUUCACAACGUACACUUGAAAGUGAUAUAAUUAAAGAAACAAAACCACCAUAUGAACAAUUAUUAGUAGCAUUAUUACAAGGAAAACGUGAUGAAGAUCCAUUGGAUUUAGUAGAAGAAUCUGUAAGAACUAGAAGUACAUCAAGAUUAAUUAAUCGAAGUCAAGUUGAUAAAGAUGUUGAAGAUUUAUAUUAUGCUGGAGAAAAACGUGCAGGUAAAGGAGAUUUUGAAACAUUCAUUAAAAUUUUAACCAAACGAAGUAAAUAUCAUGUAAAAGAAAUAUGGGAUUUAUAUUUAUGUUGGUUGAAUUCAUGAGUCAAUGGAAGCUAGACCAACAUCGGAAACCUGGAAGCACUGGAUGGUCGUUUCGUUCUGCUAUGGGAUUCCUCAGCAGUGCGCAUCCACGAUCCCGCCCCCAGCGAGAUCCGAACCCAGGACCUAUCAACCUCACGCGCGAGCGCUUAAACGUUAGAGCACUGAGACGGUCGGCAUCCAGCGGUGUUAACGUCCAACUUCAACCGAUCCAUAAAGUUACAAAUUUUCUAAAAAUCCCUACAAAACCCCUUCUGAUUGUAGUUAUAUAUGUCAUUUAUAUUCUAUUUAUAGAAAUAUCAUACUACAAUAGUUGAAGUUAUAUCGAAAAAAUUCUCAGAGCCAUUUAGAUCAGGGUUAAAUACAAUGAUUAUGGCAUUGAUAGAUUUACGUUUGUUAUUAGUCUGUCAAUUAUAUGAUAGUAUGUAUGGACUUGGAACACGAGAGGAUACAUUAAUACGAAUUACCUGUUUACGAUGUGAGAUUGAUAUGAAUACAUUGAAAUCAAUGUAUCGUGAAUAUUUUGGUAAACCAUUAAUUGAAGCAGUACGAGAAGAUACAUCAGGAGAUUUUCGCAAAUUACUUUUAGCAUUAUUAGGAGAAUAAUUACUUUUUUUCGAGCCAAGGGACGGGGGGGAGCGGCGGUGGUGGUGAAUAUAAAAUAAUAUUCUGUUAUUAUUUUCAUGAAUAAAUAACAAACUAUUUUCAUUUUAACAACCAUGAAACUUUCAUUCAUUCCUUUAAUCAUUAUUGUAAUGAAUUACACUUGUGCCUCAAAAGCUUGCUUUUAUCUAUUUCCAAAAACAUUUUCUGGUUAGCGUUUUUUAGCGAGUUAGUUUUCUACGGGAUGGGGUCGCUAACCCCAUGCCCAACCCUCCUCGUUUAUCCGGGCUUGGGACCGGUAGUAGCCCCCGGAAAGGGGCUUUAUUGAUGUUGUUUCAUUGAUUGAUUAAUGAUGUGAAUAACUUAUUAUUGUUAUCAUUUGUGGCAUUGUGAUCCUAUCAAUAUAUGACGUAAUGUGUGUUUUGCAGUAUAA